GGGAGAUAACUCUCACUUCAAUUCUCACGCCACCUCACACACACCUCUUUCAUUUCUCAUUUAAUCCCCAUUAUUCCCACAUUCAAUAUAAUCCUUCUUCCCCUUCAUUUCCUUAGCACCUUGUAACCCCCAAACCAUAACUCCCUCACUCUCUCUUCCUAUCCUUUCCCUGGCCUAAGAAGGAAGGGGGUUUGGGAAUCAAAAAUCUAGUGAUGUGGAACUAUGCUUGUAGCCAGAGUCUCCUAUGGGAUUUUGCAAAUAAAAAGGACGUACUAUGGGUCAAAUGGAUACACAAUAGGUAUCUAAGAGGAACUACAAUAUGGGACAUCAAAGUUAAACCUGGAAUGUGUUACUAUUUGAGGAAAACUCUCCUGAAUAGAAGGAUGUUUGUAGACAUGAAUGUAAUGGGGAAUUAUGAAGUUCAAAAGGGAUAUGAGUGGCUAAUGGGUGUCAGCACUGAAUUCCAAGCAUACCAUAUAGUAUGGAACAAGCUAACAGCUCCAAAACAUCAGUUUCUGAGCUGGCUAGGAUGGAAGAACAGGAUCAGCACCAAAGUCAGACUGAAUAAGUUCAUGGACAUAGACACUAACUGUGUACUAUGUUCUAAUGGUGAAGAAGACAAAAAUCAUCUCUUCUAUACAUGUCCUUACACUAGGGAUAUUAUGGAAGAGAUUGGACAAUGGCUACAGUUUAGAUGGAAGGCUACCAAUGAUGAAGAAAUGAAGGAAGAAAUCAAACGCAUUAAAGGGAGGAAACACAGACAAAUAAUAAUGGCUGGUUUUGCAGCCAUUUGCUACGCAGUUUGGAAGGCUCGCAACCACAAAAUUAAGCAAAAGAGGAGUAUCUCAACUGGAGAAAGCAAAGAGUGGAUUAAGUUUCAGUUGAAAACUUAUAUGCUGAAGCAAAAGAAGAAACAAAAGAAGAAGCAAAAGAAGAAAUCCAAGGCAAAAUCAAGUAAAGAUAAGGCACAAGACAAAAAUGAACCCCCAGAGAAAUAUAACUUGAUCGUUGCACAAGCUGAGAGCGAAGAUGAUGAUACAAUAAAGAGCAAUGCUGAGGAGAUGACAAGGAAUACGAGAAAAAUUCAUUUGACUGUUGCAAAAGGUGAGAGCGAAGAUGAUGAUACAGUAAAGAGUGAUGCUGAGAAGAGAAUGAUGAAUGAGAUAUGCUUCCUAGAUACUAAUGUGAAGAGAAAGCAAAAAACUGAACCCACAGAGAAAAAUAGCUUGACUGUUGCAAAAGGUGAGAGCGAAGAUGAUGAUACACUAAAGAGGGACACUGAGAAGAGAAGGACAGAUGAGGUAUAAGUUUAAGAAAAGUUCCCCUAAAACUUUUGCGCUCAAUACUUUUAUUUCUUUUUCUGCUACUACACAUAUUAGGUAUAAGUUUACAAUUUCUACUAUUAGAGAUAGUGGGCAGACACUUCUCUCAUUUUUCUUUUAGGAUAACUUCUGCUUUGGCAAAAUGAGUAAUAAUUUUGUUGGCAAUAC